UCGUGCAAUGGUAUUCGAACCGCGAGCGGGGAUAACGUUUCGCAGUCGCAGUGGUAUUCCAACGAUCGUCCAAUGGUUACGAUCGUCUUCCGUGCGAGAACGUUUUAACCUUACUAAUUGUCCAACGACGCACCGAAACGAUUAAUAACGGGCUCGGCAUUCCCGAUCGAUCGUCCCGCGGUUAUUUUUUCUCGAUUUUUUUUUUAUAUUCCCCACCCGAUUUAUUUGCGAUUCCCGCAAAACUUAAUAGGUACCACGUAAAAUAAAUCGUCGAGAAACUCGUACCAGUUAAUCAACCUUGUUAUCACGUUGCGUUUUCUGUUCGCAAUAACAUUGUUAAUCGUUCGUUUUUUUUUUUUUUUGUUUUUCCACUCCUCCCUUUCUGCCCACAAGUAUACCGUGUUGGGCCCGUCACGUUACUGGAAAGUAUUUAUUCCAUAUUUUCAACAAUCAUGGGACGGAAGAAAAUCGAAAUAUCGAAAAUCACCGAUGACCGAAACCGCUAUGUGACGUUCAACAAACGCAAAUUCGGCAUCAUGAAAAAAGCUUACGAGCUGAGUGUGCUGUGUGACUGUGAAGUAGCUAUUAUUAUUUUCAACAAAUCCAAUCGGUUAUACCAAUAUGCUAGUACAGACAUCGAUCAAGUGUUGCUCAAAUAUACUGAAUACAGUGAACCUUACGAAUCGUUGACAAAUACGAAUAUUAUUGAUCAACUGAACAGGAGGGAUGGUACUAGAAGUUCUAAAGAUGAUGAUAUGGAUAUUAUCGAUGCCGAUACAAAAGAACAACCUCAACUUCCCAAACAAGUGAAAUUAGUGGCUACUCCUAGGAUUAAACUUAAGUACAACGAUAUUUCUGAUGAAGAAUUUAGAAUAAUUAUGAAACAUCAAGUAGAAAGUGAGAAUACUGAUUUUGAAUAUAUUGAACCAUCGUAUCAAAAUUCAAAAAAUGAACAAAGUAGUUCCAUUUCAAGACAUAAUUCUUCUAGUGAUUCAGAUUUGAGUGAUGAUGAAUUAAAAAUAGAUAGUGCUGGCGGUGAAGAUGAUGAUGAUGAUGAUGAUGAUGAUGAUGAAAUUGAUGAAGAAAACAAUGUCAACAUUUCUGUUACAAGACUUAGUACGCCUCCCUUACAAGAACAUACUCAGUCCAAUAGCCAACAAAAUAUAAAACACAGUGAUGAUGAAGAAGAAAGUAUACACACAAAUACUUCUUCAAUCGAUUCAAAACCACAAACAACACCUUAUACCCACUCAAAAAUUAAAGAAGAAUAUGAUAAUGAUGAGGAUAUUGAUGAUAAUGUUAUUGAUAAUAAUGUUGAUGAAGACGAUAUUGAAUCAGAAAAAAAUACAAUAAGAAGAUAUACAUGUCCAAUUGCUCCAAAACUACAAUCAAAACCUAAUACUUCAAGUCUACGUCCAAGGAGAAAUAAAUAUCCAAAGGAUAAGGUUACAAGUGUCCGUUGUCGUCCUUAUAAUAUUUUACCAACAACUAAAAAAAUGGUUAAAAUAUCACCACCAAAAUCCAUGGAAGUUUCAUCUCAUAAUGGCCAUGAAUCUGAUACUUGCGUUGAAGAACUCAAAGAUACACAAAAUUCAGCACAGCCAUGUCUAGCUUAUGGUUCUGAAAUCAAAGAACAUACUGACUUAAAAAAUGAUUCUAUUACAUCAUGUGAUAGUGAUAUUAUGACUACACAACUAUCACAGAGUAGUAAUACAAGUAAAUUAUAGAAUUAAGCUUCAAUUUCUAUUAAAACAUUCCAUUAGAAUUUACCAUUUUUCAAUUCAUUUUAUUUAUAAG